CAAUUUGAUAUGAUACAAAACAUUUCAAUACAAUACCAUACAGACAAUAUAAUACAGUACAGAAAAUAUAAUACAAUAAAAUAUGAUACACACAAUACAAUACCUUAAAAUAAACAAUUUGGAUACAAUUCAAUAUAAAACUAUUCAUAUCACAGUUAUAUUUCUGUAUAAUGAAUGUACAUAAAAUAUAUAACAUGGAUCAAUAAAUCAAUAUCCAAACCAACACAUGAUUUGAUAUAUCUCUCAGGAAGUGUAUAAUACGUUAAAGUAAAUUUUCACAGAAUACAGACAAUGGAUAAUAAUCGUUAUGAUGAUGAUAUACUUACAACUCUGGUUUCCUGAACGGAUCUCUGUUUGCAUGCACGUACAUAUAUAUAUGAAAACAGAUUAAUAUGUGUGGAAUAUCAACACAAAUAAUUCAACGUUCAUGUUUCUCAGAGAAAUGGGAUCAAAAUUAAUAGGCAAUAUUCUACGGCUAUGGCUAUCACUACUUCCAUUACUUUAUUUCGCUACCAUUGCAAAGGGAGAAGUGACAUGCAGUCAUGUUGAUGCUUACAACAAAAACCAAGUGGUACUUGCAAAUGCUCGAUGUUACCAUUUAGCGCAAGAUGCAAUUUCUUGGAAUGAUGCUGUCACGAGUUGUCAUUCUAAUAACGGUACACUAGCCAGUAUUCCGAAUGCCACAGUUAAUGCUGCCCUGAUAAAACGCGCAGUUAACCUGGACUACAAUAACUUGGCCAAUGUAUCGUUUUAUUGGAUCGGAGGUAGAGUGAAUUCCUCAGAAACAGGCGUUACCUGGCUGCAAGAUCCAGGUACUGGGUACUCGGCCUUAAGUGAGGACGAACCUCAUGGAUCUGGGGAACACGGCUGCCUUGUAUUAGACCCAGGGAAAGAAGGAUGGGCCACGGACGUGUGUGAGGCGGAACUUGAACUCGUCGGGUACAUAUGUGAAUAUCCGAGUAGACCAUUACAAGCGUUACACUCUGGACGUGAACCCGUUCUAAACCUAGGCGUUCAAUCAGGGCUUACUUGUUGUAACAAAGCAGGAAUUGUCUUUCUUUGUCUCAUUACCUCUAUCAUUACACGCCGCCUUGUCGAAGAAUUUUAAUGGACGCUUCGAGUUUUAACUCAUUAGUAGUACGGAAGUGAACUGCAAAUAAAACUAACAAAAGAAACAAAGAAGACUUCCUCUGAUUUAGAUAAAAGAAAGCUUGCAGUCUACAAUGCCAGAAGGAAAAGAAACAACGUUUUUCUCAUCGCAAUAUACAAUGGUCAUGUUACGACGUUGUCAUCACGUGAGAGAUAAUGUGACGACGACGUCAUCACGUGAUAGAUACUGUGACGACGGCGUCAUCAUGUGAUAGAUACUGUGACGACGGCGUCAUCACGUGAUAGAUACUUUGACGACGACGUCAUCACAUGAUGGGCCCAGACAACUCCGCCAAAGAUGUUUUUUUCAAAGUCUUCGGCAGAGGAUAUAUAAGACAAGACCAACAGUACCUGCUGUCUAUAAUCUUGUACAAACUAUUUCGUCGUACUCCCAGAUUUUAACGACGUAAAACUGUGUUGAUGAGAGUACACGCGUCGGUUGUCGCGAUAUAACUCAAUAACAUAAAAUAGAUGUUAAUGUUAAUGCUUAACAUUUAAUCUAUUCCCUGCCCCCCAAAAAGGCUUUACUGUUGAACUCUUUUCUACGCUGCUCCAUCCGCCAAUCAAAAGCGACGUUAUAUACGGCGACGUCAUUUUUUUUAUGUUAUGGACUGAAAACUUAAAUUUCUAAGUCAAUGAAAAUGAAAAUAAUUGUUACAAACAAGAUUGAAUUAUUUUAAAAUAACAAAAUUUUAAGCAUGUAUGUAUUAAAACCUGUUGUCGAAAAUAUUGCAAUAUAUCGGGUGAAAAGAUAACAUACACUAGACAAUUACAUUGUACUUUAAUCACCAAUAAAUCUUCUAUUCGUGUUGUCACGUGAAGUGUUGCCUUUGUAAGUAACCUUCAAUAGAUGUUUAUGUACAAGAAAUUGUGCAACACUGGGAACCAAACGGAGGGGUUCUCGAUGGUUUUUGCUAAAAAAACCAGUUGUUUGAAUAUUAUUUCGCUCAGAAGAACCAGAAAUUAAUUAAAAAUGAACCACACAGCAUGUUCGUCCUUCUGUAACAUAUGAGUGAUGCACAGGGUCUAAAGUGUUGGUACCUAGGUGACAGAUAACCAUUCCAAGAUUUGUUUAUAUACUUUUCUAAUUCACUAAAAUAGAGUGCGCAGUUUGUACAAUAGCGUCCGUGCGAGAUAUAAUUGGUACACAGUUUAUUUUUUCCCAACGUUUUGGUGCCAACAGGGGUAUUUAAAAUAAUUUUGUAAGUUGUGUUGGUGUAUACAAGGUCAAUAUUUUUGUGUGCUUUAUUAAGUUUUAAGAAACACUCCUUUGUAUGUGAAUGUGUUAGCAUUUAGAUAAUAAUAAUUGAAACAAUCGAUCCACCACUUUCUCACUUUAAUACGCUCUAUAAUAUAUUAAAGUACAUUAUACCCGGUGACAAAAUAAUUAGACAUGGGUGCACAAUGGUAAACAAAAUUAAUAUAAACAGCAGCUGGACCAAGGUGUUCAAAGGGUGAUUAGCUUAAUCACUUGAUUAGUGUAAAUCUCAUGUUUUCUUUACUUCAAAUCCUACGUGUAUGUGUUCCUAGAAAUAGGCAGGUAAGAAAAGUCUGAAGAAUUGUACAUGGUUUCUUUUUUAAAAAAUGUGAAAUUAGUUUAACCAGAAUGAUUUUAUCAGGAAUUUAAAAUUGCUGUUAAACUUGGAUUAGCCUAAUCACUUUUCUGAACUGGGUCAAGGUAAUUAAUUGUACAAUAUUGCUUCAACAUUAAAUACAUCAAAGUAAUUCGUUUAGCUACAGCAUAAUACAAAAGUAACAAGUUUGACCAGGGUAUCAAAAGUAAUAAAGUCCAUAAGUAACAAGUGACAACUGCAGCUAUAUUUCACUAUGAGUAAAUCACAUACAUCAUAAAUGGCUAAUUUUACACACGUAGUUGGAGAAUAUAUAAGUAUAAGACUUAUCACAUAAUUAUAUGUACGAGAACAUACAUGUAAGUGGAAACUCCCCGAUUCAUUUCUAUCGUUUCUUCUCUACACGACACAAUAGUGUUAUUACACACAGAUCUAUGACAUUUAUGACAUUAUCGGGUGACAAAGUGGAACACACAUGCCUUUUACCAAUAAGAACGGGGUUCCAUUCUCCCACCGGACGUGAAAAGGUAUGGGGUCACCAAUCCAAUCACGUGGUUUUCUCCGGUUUCCUCCCACAGCCGGACCCCUUCCACGCUUCCAUCAGGGCGAAUGAUGAUACAAAUUGACAUAACAUGUUAUAAACCGCUGUAAACUAAUAAAAUUUAAACAGCAACUCAUAUCUAUGACAUGACUGCAUUAAAUGGUAGAACAGGACAUUUAUGUGAUAAAACAACAUGAGGCUUGGUGCGCAAAAAAUCAACUUUGCGACGAGUUACAUAAAAACCGUAUAUGACAGGAAAACAGACCUAUUAUUUAUUACAUAACUCAGUAAACUUACAUUUUGACGUCACAAAGAAUUCUAUCUGGCACAGCCAAUAAAAAAUGUUUUUUAUAAUAGUUACUGACAUAUGUGAAAAUAUUUCAUUGGAUAACAGACCGAUUAUCUGAUAAAACCAAUACCAAAACAAAAGACAUGUAUAUGAAACGGCCUUUACAUUAAGUAUUUGGUUGUAGUCUCUUCGUGUGUAAAAAAAUCACCAUUUCAUAUAGGAUUGAAGGCACAAAUUGACAAAUUAGCGAUGUUAAGAUAUGUAAACAAGUCAUAUUCAGAUGAAGUCAUAUUUAGAAAAGUCAUUAUAGCUUAUAACUUAAUUGUUAAAGAAUCAGCAGGAUAGUGUUAGUUUGUUAGUAUGUGAUUGUAACAGGAGCGUGUCGGGCCCAGUUUGCGUACGUCAAACUGCACCCGACUCGCCCUUGUGGACCAUCAACCCAGGUUCGAUGGGUAACUUGUAUCUGUCGUAUAGAGAGAGAACAAACGUCUUGAACUACAAUUAACCAUUUAUUAAUGACGAUAUAAA